GCCCCGCUCCCUUUACGGGGGCUUCCUCCGCCCCGCCUUUUUGCCACGGCGCGUUUAAGUCAGACGUGCUCCGCCCGAAUCUUCCGGGCUGGGCAGAUUGAGAGAGGGAGAGCGAGCGUGAGAGGCAGCUUGGGAGGUGGAGCGCUCGGCCCGUUGGACCUCGCCCGGCUCUGCUCCGGUUCUCCAGCACCCCCCACUCACCCCGACGCUCGUUUGGCCUGCCUGGCGAGGAAGCGCCCCUCUUCGGGUCUCUCCAGGAUGGUGCUGAAAGUCUUCAUCGCCUCUUCCUCCGGCUCCACCAAGAUCAAAAAGCAGCAGCAAGAUGUGGUCAGCUUCUUGGAAGUCAAUAAGAUUGAGUUUGAAGAGAAAGACAUUGCGGCCAAUGAAGAGAAUCGCAAAUGGAUGAGGGAGAACGUCCCAGAAGACAGUCGGCCAGCCACUGGGAAUCCAUUGCCUCCACGUAUCUUUAAUGACAACCAGUACCUUGGGGAUUAUGACGCUUUCUUUGAAGCUAGAGAGAAUAAUGCCGUCUAUGCUUUUUUAGGCUUGACUCCCCCACCUGGUUCAAAGGAGGCAGAAGCACUAGCAAAACAAGGGGUGUGAAUCCUUCCCCCCUUUCUUCCUCCCAGCCUCAAGCCUUAAAAAUUCUGCAAAGAGAAAAUCCUACAGCUUUUCUCCCUUACAAUAGCAAAAACCAAUGCGCUUGAAGAAAAAAGAAGCAAAGGUUUUGUUGUUUUCCCCAAAAUUACUGGCUGCUCUCUACAAUAUUCUGCCAUAUAGAUUUAACAAGAAGCCACACCAAAUAGUAUUAUCAUUAUGAAUGAUGAUGAUGAUGAUGAUAAUAAUAGUAAAUACAACUGUGCCACAAUGAGAGAAAGAGAGAGAAAUUAAAUGAAGUUUCUAGAAACCCUUGAUUGAAUUUUGACUCUUGCAGCUCAUCACCCUCUUUUUUUUUGUAAAAUUAACGAAAGCGUUGUAUUUUUUCUCUCUGUGACACAGAUCUGUAAUUAUACUUGCAGAUGUAGAGAAAAUCUAGCUGCAAAAAUGUUUAUUAAUAAACCCCAGUGCCUCUACUGCUUCAAAAACCGAAAUGUCAAAUAGGAUGUCCUAAAGUUUGUUGCAAUGUCACAUAGCUGAGGUUUGCAAUGACUUGUUGUAGUUAGGAUGUUUGUAGAGUUGUUCUUUUGUUAUUUUGUAACAUAGAUUGAUGCCAUUGGAGUCUCUUUGAUUGAAUCAGGGCAGGAUUUGCCAGAGUUGAUCAGAACACAAUGACAGUCUUAGGGAAAGGCAAGAUUUUUGUGCAGUCUCAGUAAAAUGUGCAUUUCUAACCCUCUGGAUUUAUGAAAACAACAAAAUAGUUCUUAUUUUGCUAGAAUGUGAAGCAAAUGUAAUAUGGGGCCAAAAUACUUUUUGUUAUUUUUUUUAUUAUUAUUAAGAAACAAGGUCAAGUAAUUACGAAUUAGAAUAACACUUAGUUUGAUAUAUUGAGCUUGUAAAAUGUUUUCUAUACAAGAUGAGAUUUGUUAAAAUCAAGGGUCCAAUAUGAAAUAAAACUGAAUAAAGGUCAUUUGCAGGAAUGAAGCUUGUAGGUCUCUAUGAUAUAGGAACUUCAACUGAUUUUUCAGCCUGGUUUUGCAAUGCUGUGAAGUUGCCUUUAGCAGUUUGUCAAACUCCUAGUAUUUUCAGAAUGUGUAAUAACGAUCAAAGAUGUGGGCAAGAACCCCAUCCCAAGAAACACAUUAGCUACAAGUAAUGCUGAAAAGUGUGUGUCUCACUCCUAUGGAUUUGGAAAGUUGUAGAAAUGCAGCUGAAUCACAAAGUCUUAAUCAAAUCACAUCAAUAUAGAUAUAUCCAACAGAAAAAAUAUACCAAUAUAUAUAUAUUGCUCAGGGUUGAACUGUGGAGUCCUUGGUGCUCUCUGAGCUUGGUUGUUUGCUUGCAGAUGUUUCCUUACCCAACUAGAUAACAUCAUCAGUGAGAUUAAGCCUGGGGUUUGCUUUCUGUUUUGAUACAGCAGCUUGCCCUGCUAGCACUGGUGAGCAGUGGUUUUCUCCUUGGCAGUUCUUCAAUUAACACAUCUCCUUCAACAGCCAAGAACUAGAUAAGCGGGGAUUAACACCAGAGAAACAAUCAAGCAGAAAAUAUCACCCUAAUCAAGGAAGUAGCAAGGAGAAAACCACACCCCCAGCCACAGCUGGCAAGGCAAACUAUAUAAAAAAGGAGCAUUGAUGAUAUUAUUUAGUCAAAUUAUAACACAUCAUAUGCAGAUAUCAUCAAGCUUGGGGAAUAUCAAGAACUUCACAGAUAAAUAGAUGUAUGUUGCCUUUUUAUCUCAUGGAUAUUGUAUUCUCAGCCCAUGCGGAGGACCAAAGUUAAUGUAGAUGACUCCAUCCAAAUAUUCCCUUUCCCACUUAAUAAUACAUGCAGAUAAAUACACAAAUCAACAUGAGGGUUUUUUUAAAAUCUAAGAUUCCUGUCAGUUGACAUGGUCCCUCCAGAAUUUAAGUUCUGCAGGAAUUGCCUAAGUUUAUAAUGUCUGCAUUAUUUUAUCUGUGUUAGCUUUCAUGAGGCCUUUGAGAGUCAAAAUACAAUAAUUGCUUCUCUUUUGUGUUGUUUUCGGAAAAAAAUGUUUAGUAUGGUGUUUUUCUUUGGAAAUAUGUAGUAUGUAGAGCAAUAUUUGUCAGCUUUGCCAACUUUUAAGAUGGGCAGAAUUCAGCUCCCAGAAUUCCACAUCAUGGCUGGCUGGAAUAUUCUGGGAGUUGAAGUCCACCCAUCUUAAAGUUGCCAAGGUUGAGAAAUGCUAAUGUCGAAUGCCUGGUUUUACCAGUUCUGGAUUCCAAAAGAAAAAAAGAGGACCAUCUCUUCUUAGUUCAUACUAUAUGCUUUUGCACCAAUGAUCAUUCCUAGUUGUUCCUGGCUCUUGGGCUGAGAUUGGACAAAGAAUACCCUGCAGGUUUGAGAUGGGUUUUGAUGGUAAGAAACUCAAGACAGGACAAAUCCUGCAUCCAGUGGCCGAAGACGGUUCCACAAAGUUUUUCACUCAAAUAUAUUGAUCUACAUAUAUCUUCCUAAUUCAUUGCUAUUGGAAAGCCUAUGUUAGAUAACCCCCUUAUCUCUUAAUAGUCUAUUGUCAUUAAUAGUCAUUAAUUUUUGCAUUAAAUGAGUAUAUUGUAA